AUGGUGAGCCCGGUGUUCACAGUCGGCCGUGACACACGCACGCUUGCCCUGGCGGGUGCGAUGGCGCAGGCAGCGGAGGUGCACAGCCACUGCCUGCUGUUUUCUGCCGGCGCCGCCGCCACCAACAUCGCCGUCAAGGCCCUGGCCACAGCGCGCAAGUUCCUGCGGAACUCCAGCGCCGGCGGCCGGGAGCUGCUGGUGCAGCCGACGCUGCGCGGGCGCGCGCCCGGCGGCGCCGACGCCGUCGCCUUUGACGUGUUCAUCACGCCCGCGCCGCUGGCCCCCGAGCUGGUGCCGGGCGGCACGGGGCCGGGCAAUCGGCAGGUGCGCGUGACGGCGGGCAGCUUUGAGGCCGACUGGGCGCGCAACCUGGUGGCCAACAUGCCGCGGCGCGGCCAGACGGUCAUGAAGGUGGCGGGCGCGUAUGCCGUGGAGAACGCCGUGAAGUCGGUCGCCCUGGCGCGCCCCACGCUGCAGCGGCAGCACGGCCAGGACUUCGUGUUCGUGCCCAUGUGGUGCGACGACGCCGGCUUCACGCCCGCCAUGCGCCAGGCCGGCGGCAGCGGCGGCGGCGGUGUUCGCCGCAGUGACGACGGCGACAGCGGCGGCGACGGCGGGGUCGCACUGCAGCCGCGCCGCAAGGGCAAGGACGGUGUGCUUGUCUCCAACCGCAGCAGCGGGCAGGCGAGGUCUGGCGCUCAGGGAGAAGGCGGCGAGAGUGUGGCUGCCAGGUCUCGUGGUGGUGGUAGUGGUGGUGGCGGCGGUGCAGGGAGCAAGCUGCAGCUCCGCCCGAAGCUGCGCCUGGCUGUGAUGCGCUGCAAGGUGGAUGACCCAGCGUGCGUGCUACCCGCCACCGGGGCUUCAACCUGA